AACAUUCAUCUAUGGUCUCGAACACAUUUUGUUCUGGGUCACGGUCAGAAGUUAUUCGAUGAGGAUUCUGCCCCGACAGCGAGCUGCCCAAAUCCCGGAAGAAGUUAGCAAUUUCCUUUCGAAAUCACUUCAGACACCCGGAAAUGGAGGACUUGAUCGAAAACCUAGCCACUGAUCUCUCCGUAACAAGCACGCCGUGCUCAUCGAUACCGGCGAGGUUCGAUCUCUUCAAAAAGAAACCCUGCCAUCAGGAAUCGCGCCGAGCUGAGUUCUUGUCCAGACAGAAAGAUAAAAGGUACGAUGCGCUCCAGCAUGCAAGAGAUCUGGCUCAAGGGUUCUUCCCCAAGGGUCAGCCCAGUGAGAAGAUGGAUAGCAGCGAUUCCGAGGAAGGUGUCAAGCCACGGCGUCCUCCGAGAUCUUACCGAGGUCAGCUGAUGCUGUCCGAAUGGUUGCUUGAAGUACCUGAUUUGAAAGAAUAUAUUGUAGUUCCUUGUCCGAAAGGCAAACGGGCGCUCCUUGUAGCCUCUCAGGGGAUUACCAAGCUCUACGCUCGGAAUGGCUUCAACCUGCACACUUUCGUGUCCAAUCUGCCAGGAGGCAGCCUCAACAGCAACCGACAACUGAACUGGAAAGCGAACGACUUUACUAUAUUGGAUGUUGUGUAUAAUGAUAGCGUGAAAACCUGUUACAUAUUGGAUCUCGUCGCUUGGCGAUCGAAGCCCUACUACGAUUCGGACACAUGUUUCCGCUUUUACUGGUUGCGAACACAAUUUACGGAAUGCGCGGAGCAAAUCGCCUCAGCGAAACGAAAAAUUAAACUCGAAAUCGUACCUAGUUUCGAGUGGAACAAGGAUCAGCUUAGCGAGCUCCUACAGGCUGAGAAGCCCCCAUUCGAAGCGGAAAUCGACGGCAUGCUCUUCUAUCACAAGGAUGGCCACUACAUCCCCGGAUGCUGUCCUCUGGUCGGUUGGCUUAAACCCUUCAUGAUCACCGAGGUGUUGGGAAUAGAUGUCCAUCCUAGAUUUUUGGAGGAAAUACCGAGCGGCUAUACUACCCUCAAAGACAAAAUCACAGAGAAAGAGAAAGAACGAUCGAGCGGUUCGCGACCAUGAGGUCUCGGCGAGUCCGCUUCUUUCUGUGGGGUCAACACUGCGUAGCGGAGGUUGAAACCAUGCUGAACAUAUUCAUGUAUAUACUUGUAGGGAUGGGGAAAUCCAUGGAGAGUUAGGAAUGGCUGAUUCAAUCGCUUUAAGGAAACUCGGGUAAAAAGUCACUUGUGAGUCCACCGUUCGG